UUAAUAUUCUGAUAAGUGGCAGCACCUGCGCAUCGAACUGGCAACGCCAGCACAACUGAUAGGCAAAACACACAGAACACAGCACAGCACACAGAACACACACACACUGCAUAAAUAUAUAUAAGGGACAAUAUGUAAUAAUAUUUUGGAGCAUUUAUUAUUAUUAUUUGUUUUGUGCGAACGUAGCAAAAUUUGCAAGUGCCACCACCACCACAACAUCUAGUUUGUUGUUUUGGCAAAAUUCUGCAACGACGACGACGUCGACGUCCAGCGCUGCCGGCAGCACACGACAACAACUACUACAACCAUAACACCUACAACAACAAGAUGCACCAACAACACAUGGAUCUUCAUGCGCCCGUGGACUUGAACAAGUCGCUGGACGAAAUGACACCGGAGGAGCGCAUGCGUGCGGAGCAUCAGCUGAUGGUGGAGAAACACAGAGGCCACGAUGCGAUGCAUUCGGAAAUGGUCAUCAUACUGUUCAUGACCCUGGUGAUUGUCCAAAUCAUACUCGUCGAGUGGAAGAAGCGACACUACAGAUCUUAUGCAUUUGUCACACUGCUUGCCAUGUGGAUCAUACCGCUAAUCAUCUCGUGCAGCUUCGUCUGGCUGCGUUUCAUCAUCAUUUGGCUUAUCUUCACCACCAUUACGGCGCUGGUGAUGCGACGUGCGAUGACCAAGCCCAUUCAAGGCACAACGCCCAGACUGGUCUACAAAUGGUUCUAUUUCAUCUAUAAGCUAAGCUAUGGCCUCGGCAUCAUUGGUUAUAUAGUGAUAAUGGCCUCGUUUCUGGGCAUGAACUAUUUGUUCUCACAACCGCCAAACACAUGGAUGGACGUGGGCCUGAUGUUCUGUUUUUAUGGCCUCUACAUUGGUGUUCUGGGUCGUGAUAUAUCUGAGAUUUGUUCCGAUAAAAUGGCAGCAGCCAUUGGCUAUUAUACGCCGCAAGGCAUGCCGACGCGACACUUGGAUCAAAAUGUUUGCGCCGUCUGCGGCAAUCAAUUGCUGGUUUCAGAGAAGGAAGAAGGCGUCAUUGAGAACACCUACAAGCUGUCGUGCAAUCAUGUGUUCCAUGAGUUUUGCAUACGCGGCUGGUGCAUUGUGGGCAAAAAACAAACGUGUCCGUAUUGCAAAGAAAAGGUCGAUCUGCAGAAAAUGUUUCGCAAUCCCUGGGAGAAACCGCAUGUCUUAUAUGGCCGUUUGCUGGACUGGAUUCGUUGGCUGGUGGCCUGGCAGCCGCUCAUCUUUUUCAUUGUUAAGGGCAUCAAUUGGAUGCUGGGCUUGGAAUAAUUGCAAACAAAGAACGCUGUCAGCUCUCUAGUCAAGCACUCAUCAGACCAUAAACAAAUUGGAAUAUUGCUUUACACUUGUGCUUUACACUCAAAUUCAAAUCAAUCCAAAAUGAAAAUACCAAACCAACAACAACGACGACCAACUAUUUGAGCAGCAGAUGCUAGUUACAUUAUUUGAAUGGAUGGACAGAAGCUAUAUUAUCAUUCCCUCCCCCCAAACACAAACACACACACAUAAAGAUAAAGCACAAAGGUUUCCACAACUUUUGCUUAAUCAUCUCUUUAUUUUCGUCUUUGCCACUAUUUGUUCUCCACCUUCAACUUUCUUUGUUCAGUGUCUUCACAUACAGCAUUUUAAACUUAAUUAAUGUUUAUUACAUAUAUUUUUUUUUUUAAAUUGUAAACAUUAGAUACUACUAUACUAUCUAUUUAUAUAUAGAUGUAUGUGUGUGUGUGUAUAUACUGUAUACAUAUAUAUACAAAACUUGUAUUACGUCUAUCGUAUUAUGCGUUUUUUGCACUGGCUAUAGAAAGAUAUUUAAAAAGAAGAUCUUAACAAACUACCAUCAA